CGAUUAAUUUGUCGAUGACGCGGAUAAGGUGAGAAUAGUGCUGAGGAGAAGUGAUGGAAUAAGGAAAAUGUUUGAAACACGCAGACACUAACUUCUAAUCAAGUAAUUAUCGCGAAACCAAAAAGUCCUGUGAAGUGGGAAUCGGGAGACUUGCUGCAUUUUAGGUUUCGAUUACUCGCCACACCUUCAUCUGCUGCCCUUCGGUGAACACAUAUGGUCGUUGCUGUUGCUGCGCGCAGGAUAAAGGCAAAUUCGAUCGGAACAACAAGCAACAAGGACAAGCAGGCAGUAAGCGGCAUCGAAUGAUACACUGGCCGACCGAAACAGGUGAUCGAUCAACCCAAAAGCAGGCAAGCGCAAGGCCACCAGUCAACCAGCGUCACCGAAAUACGCCACACGCCUACCCAAAACAACUGCCACCACCCGAACAAUGGUGAAACUGUAUGCGCUCAGUGUGUUCUACAAGGCACCGACCGAGGCUCGGUUGCUCAAGUCAGCGUACGAGCUGCAGAGUUUCUCGUUUUUCCAGCGUGGCUCGGUGCAGGAGUUUAUCAGCUUUGCCAGUAAAACCCUGGUCGAGCGGACGCAGCCCGCGACGCGGCAGUCCGUGAAGCAGGACGUCUACCUGUGCCACGUGUAUGUGAGGGCGGACAGUCUGGGUGCGGUGCUGAUCGCGGAUCAUGAGUACCCGCAGCGGGUCGCCCAUACGCUCCUGACGAAGGUGCUGGAUGAGUUCGCGGUCAAGGUCCCGACCGACCAGUGGGCGGUGGCGGCGAGCGAGGCGGCCAUCGCGUUCGGCACGCUGCCGGCGACGCUGGCCAAGUAUCAGGAUCCGCGCGAAGCGGACGCCCUCACCAAGAUGCAGGAGGAUCUGGAUGAGACGAAGAUCAUCCUGCGUAACACGAUCGAGGCCGUGCUCGAGCGCGGUGAAAAGCUCGAUGAUUUGGUAGACAAAUCGGAAUCCCUGUCGUUGCAGAGCAAGGCGUUCUACAAGACUGCCAAGAAGACGAAUUCGUGCUGCAACUUUGCAUAAGCAAGGGUCAGGCGCAGGCCCAGGCCCAGGCCCAGGCCCAGGCCCAGCCGAGCGAAUGCAUUGCGGGGGACGUGCAGAAGAGUAACUCAACUAUCCAACAAACGUUCCACAGCCUAGCCUGGCAAACCCACCUCUCUCCGCGAACCCACCCUCAAGCGGCACAUGAGUUUCGGUGAAAGACAUUAACUGGUGAAAAGGGGGAAAAUUGGCAAAUAUUGCCUGCUGCUGGUUUUAGGGAAGAGUGGAGCGCUCAUCAUUCUUCUUUCCUACAGCAAGCGGGCACACUACCCGUGUUUAUUCCCGUAAGGUGUUUGCCUCGAUGCGAUUGAAAGGUUUUUUUUGUUGUUUAUUUACGAUCAUAUGGCACCACCUAUGUGGUCUAAAUAAUCGCCUAUAUUUUCUAAUCGUGUCAGGCGCCGCACCAGAACCAACACGCAUAUUAUACAUAUAUCUAUAUUUCAUUACGUUAUCUACACACAUUUCAAGCGAUCAACGCUUCAAUCCGAUUCAUUUCGAUCUAUUGGAUCAUUUUAAUACGUUUGCUUUACGCCAAUUAACUUCCGUUUACACUUUUAGGCGCUUAUCAUGGUUGUAGAAUGCCGUUGAUUGAGAAAUCUCGAUCGUACGGCUCAGUUUUAAAGCCACGCCAGGGUACCAGUACGAUUUCCAUUGCAACGCAGAGGGCGGUAGUCACUAAUAAUUUCAUUGUUAUUUUUAAGAGGCAACCUGCAAUCAAUGCUGUUCGUUUGACCUUGCAUAUAGAAACAAAAACAAAAACUACAUAACCAAUGUUGCGUGAUGCUUUUGAAAGCCAGCGAGAAAGCGACUAAGAUCUGCUCGCUAUUUUUCAGAGAUCGCUAGUUGUUGUUUGGCGGGAGGUGCUUUAUUUAAAGUAGGGUUCGCAGGCAAGGAAAAAUGUUGCCCAAAUGAUGUACUCGUGAAAUUGUUCGAGAGUGCAAUUACGAAUUGGCAUAGCUAUCGAUGUGGCUAGGGGUUCACUUGGUGCUAGACCAGUGGCUGAGAAAAGCAAAUGGUAUUCGUAUUAGUUAGAGGCAACCGAUGCAAAUGAUUUUUCUUUUAAUAAGCGAAUUGGUAGGAUAUGGAAAGGAAUAGUGUUCUUAAUCCUCAUUUUAUUGUGUAUCCGUAGCAAAGGUAUGAUUUUAUUGGAACAAAGAGAGCAAAAAUUAAGCAAAAUUAGGAAAAAGAGUCGUUUGCGAAAUCGUUUCGUGUUUUGUCCAGCCUAUUUAUGCGUGUGCAAUAGAAACUUACGCCCUACUCUGAUUACGUUCUUUACCAAUGAUUAUCGAUUUAAGUAAUCCAAUGGGAAAUACACUAUGUAAAAACCAGCAUGCCCGCUGUCCCAUUGUCGACGGGGCGCUGAGCGAAGGGUAGACUCAAUGGAAGCGUUACAACGUAAGCGUAAAGCGUAAUAAAGCUAAUUGUAAAACAAAGA